AUGAAUCUCGAAGCACUCGCUCAAGCUGCAUCAAGAUACAAUAGAUCAAAGCGUUCACAAUCUCAAUCUUCUUCAUCUUCUGGAUAUGGUAGUAUCAUAAGCUCGUCAGAAAAAGAGGUUGAGGAGGAAAAAGUGGAAGAAGAAGAAGAAUCAACAAGUUCAAAAUCUAAGGGUAAAACGAAACAAACUAAGCAAAAUGAAGGAGAAUAUAAAAAGUUAGAUAUGAAUAAUAAAGGAAUGUUAUUGUUAUUGAAAAUGGGAUGGACUCAAGGUAGUGGAUUAGGUAUGAUGAACGAUGGUCGAAAAGAUCCAAUACCAACACCAGCACAAACUCCACUACUUGGAUUAGGCAAAUCAACACAAGAUCAAUAUAUGUUAUCAAAUGCCAUCAAUAAACCAAAAGAAUUAGAAUCAAUCGUAAUAUCAAAAGAAAGUCAAGAAGACAAAAUCAAAAGAGAAGAAAAAGUGAAAGUUUUAAUUGAAAGAGAAGAAGAAAGAGAAGAUAGAUUAAAAAGUUUUUAUUGUUCGAUUUGUGAUAAAGGGUAUACGAAUAUAAGUCAAUUUGAAGAACAUGAAAGAUCUUAUGCACAUCAUCAUGCACGUAGAGCAUUAGAAGCUAAACAAGCUAAAAAAUCAGGAAAUGAAUCGAUUGAAAGUAGAAGAGAAAAAGAAAGAAAAAGGGAAGAAAAAGAAUUGAAAAGGAUGGCAAAAGCUGUGGGUAUAAAUGUAACAGUUGAACCUUCAUCGAAUCCGAAACCGAUUCAAGAAACUCAAGCAGGGGUGAAAACUCAGUCGGGGAUCAAUAAAGGGGGCUUUAAAUCGAUGGGAUUUAAACCGGUCUCUUCUAGUUCUGUUGAAGUACAACCUCAAAAGAAAAUGGGAUUUAAACCGAUUGGAUCAUCAUCAUCGAUUUCUUCAAAUGCGAAUCCGACUUCAUCAUUAAUAUCAACACCAGCACCUACAUUUGUCAUCAGUUCAACUAAAUCUACAGGUUUUCAAUCAACCAUUGAAGUUAAAAAUUCCGAAGUAGAGUUAUCAACAACAACAAUAGAAAACAAACCGAAUCCAGGAUCUAAAUUUGCUCAAAUUGCAGCUAGAUUGGCUGCUAAAAGAUUAGAAAAUGGGAAUGGAAAGAGUCAAUUAGAUACGAAGAAAAAAGUUGAUUCUUGUAAUGAAUUGGAAAGGAUGUUGGAAGAUGGGACGAUUUGA